AUGUUGAUCUUUCUUUCUUUCUUUCUUUCUUUCUUUCUUUCUUUCUUUCCCCAAUUUUAUCUCCUGUUAUUCCUAAUUACUUUUUUAUUUCUUCACGUUGAUCUUUCUUUCUUUCUUUCUUUCUUUCUUUCUUUCUUUCUUUCUUAUUCUUCUCCUCCCCUCUAUAUCUUCUUCAGAACAGAAGCCAUUUGUGAAGCUGCAGCGCGCCUUCUCUUCAUGAGUGUUAAAUGGGUAAAGAGCAUACCCGCGUUCCUCAGUCUACCUUCACUCGACCAAAUCCUCCUCUUGGAAGAAGGAUGGCGGGAACUGUUUGUUCUUGGAGCUGCCCAAUUUCAAAUGCCACUGGAAUCAGGUCCGUUGUUACUAUCUGCAGGUGAGACUUUCUGCACGGCAAUUUUCGCUUUCAAGUUUGGUUGGGGGAGGCGUAUAAUAAGUGGGAGAGGAGAGUAUUGUCUUCUUCUUCUUCUCCCACUCCUUCUUCUUCUUCUUCUUCUUCUUCUUCUUCUACCACUUCUAUCACUUCUACCACUUCUUCUUCUUCUUCUUCUUCUUCUUCUUCUUCUUCUUCCCACUUCUAUCACUUCUACCACUUCUUCUUCUUCUUCUUCUUCUUCUUCUUCUACCACUUCUUCUUCUUCUUCUUCUUCUUCUUCUUCUUGUCGUGUUCCUUAG